GCUUCAGGACUUUUAUGUUUUGACUGUGUAUAUAUUACCACGAUUUACGUUUCCGCUGAUGAUAGUUUUGAUGAACUUAUGUUUUGACCGGACUUUUGGAAAACUUUAUGCUUUCAGUAACAGUACGAUUUUAUUAAAAAUUAAGACAACUGUUUUCCAAAGUAAGUCACGUUUUACGGUAGCACCCCGAAUCAGUUUUCACAAAGUAAAUAUUUUAUUUAUAAAUUUUGCGAAAAAGCGUACUCUGAUUUCAGUAAAAAGUCAGGGUGUUACAAUUUGGAUGUAUUACGGGGCAUCAGCGAGACUGAGUGUCGCAAUGUUCACAUCGGCACAACAUUUUGAUAGAACCGAGUGUCAAAAUAUUUUACAUCGGUACCGAGCUGUUGCUCGGAUUUCAAAAGUGAAAGUCUUUGAACUUUCAUUACAUCAAAAGAGCAGCUUCUUUUCUUCAAAGAAACAAAAAGAGGGUCCUGGCGGAAUGAACUCCGGUGAAUGGUAUGAAAAGUUCUUGAGCUUCUCUUUGAUCCCCGUAAUGCGUUCCUUCGCCUCGAGUUGUCGGAAAUUUGAGUGCGUAAUGGAAAAUAGAAAUAGCAGCGCGGAGUUUGUACAGAGCAGUUCUUCCGAUGAUUGCAUUAUACUCGUUGUUGAUAUCAAGAACUUUAAAGGUCUCCAUAACAAGCUUGGUAACGUGUUCGGGCGUGCCAAACCUGACAGACAGGGUGAUUUCGCCGAUGGGCUUCGAGAUACUCCCAUUAAACCCCUAUAUUUGAUCAUUGCAAGGUCGGAUAUCUGCCGAAUCAAGACCCAUUUUAUCGAAAGCUUUCAGCAUCAAAAUACUCGAAUAGGCCCCGGUAUCGACCAUGACACAAUGGACUGGGAUUCCACAUAUCAGAACGGUAAUGACGAGUGCGUCAGAGUGAAGGUGCGCAAAGUGAUUUGCAUCUUCCAUGUUGAAACUCGGGUGUUAAAGGGGAAUCAGCUUCUAAAUAUACAUGCGCCGAAGUGGAGGCUCACCGUGGAGGAUCUUCCUGUGCCCUCUGCCGACUUUCCAACUCGGCGAUUCUUCGCCGUAACACUUCUAAUUCUAUGUAUUCUUGCCGAGCUGACCGAUUUCUUUCAACUUGUUGACGGAGGUCUGUUCGAGCCAGAUGGGAAUGAGCCUGAGGCCGCGCAGGUGGUGGAGAACGUCGUGGUUGUCCCAAUUGACUUUCAGCGAUUUCUUCAUGGGGGACCACCGGAGGAGUGCGCGCUGUCUCGGCAUGCCGCACUACACGAUCUGGGUGCGGAGGCGAUGUUCGACUACGAGGCUGAGACGUGGCAUGAGAA